AUGGGAAUAUAUCUCAGCACUCCCAAAACUGAAAAGGUUUCCGAAGAUGGUGAAAAUGACCGUCUUAGAUAUGGCUUAUCAUCCAUGCAAGGGUGGCGUACAACAAUGGAAGAUGCCCAUGCUGCAUAUACUGAUCUGGAUGAGUCGACUUCAUUUUUUGGUGUCUAUGAUGGUCAUGGAGGUGAGAAUGCUAUUUUACUCCUAAGCCUACCUCCUUUAAGUGUUCAAGAAGGCAGGGAAGAGUAA